GUAUGACGUCACAAACAAACAUGGUGGCGCGCUUGAAAAUACUCGACUGAAGGCGACAACACAACAAGAAAGUGUCGUCGCUAUUUGGAAUCGAUUUGAGUCGAUCAACAAAAUAAUGUUGAGCAGAAGCUACAUCGCUCACAACGGUUUAACUCACCAUGUCCAAGCCGAGGACGGCUUCCACGAUUACCGCUUCAUCAUCUUCGUCGUGUGCAUCCUCCACUGAUCCGUCUCGGCCAGUUUCCAAAGUUUUUCACGGAAGAAGUCAGGACAAGAAGGACGCCGAAGUUCCCUUAGCGAAUAUCUGCAAAGAGCUGCAAAGUCCUCCGCGCCGAGCCCACUGCAUAUUCAGUGAAUCCAACCAUGGAGACUCUUCGAAUGACCUGGAGCCAUCACAAGACAUCGUUUGGGGUGCCAUGUCACCCCCCACUGAGGUGGGGCCGAAUGUUAGAACCUUGGAAAUAGCUGACAUCGUCAAUCUCAUUGCGCCAAAGGACACAAAACCAAGAGGUCCGCUGUCGCCUCUGUGGCAGUGGCUCUGCAGCCCGACACCCUUGACGCCCGACGCACCCAGAACCAGAAUGAGGAAGAAAUCCCAUCGGCAGAACAACGUGAACGAGCUGAUAAAACUGGCCCGGCAGUUUGACGAGAACAUGCAGCAAGACAAGCAGGCGUCGGCCCAGCUAAACAACAACAACCAAAUUGACAAAACGCCAACAGAGACGCCGUCACCACUGAACCAAACCGAGGCCGAGCUCCGAGCCCUUUUCGACUCGUCCACUCAGAAGGUCAGCGGCGCCCUCAGCCCGGUCUCCUCCAAAUCAUCCCAGGACAAAAGCCAGCUCAACAAGUCCAAUCCCGGUCCUGAAAAAGUCAAGGAGUCAAGCAGCAAGUGCGGCGACUUUGACGACGACUGGGACAACGACGACCUGCUCAACGAUUCUUCUUUGCUGGCCCUGAUGCAGAAUCCCGACCAGGAUUGCAGCCCGGUCCGGCAAUCCGCUCUGACCAACCUGCGGGACUUUUGUCCCAAAGUCAAGCCCACACCUCGAAGCACUUUUAAGUUGGAGACCAACCCUUACGUCCAAACUGUUCAACCCAAGCCAGAAACAUCCACCACCAAGAUUUCCGACUGUGAAUGGGACGACGGGGAUGACGACGCUCUCUUCUACCAGGCGUGCGACAGCGUGGAAAGUCUCUCUCAACCCGCACGGUCCACCCCUGCCGCCACGCCUCUCGCCAUCCACCAAACGUUGCCCGCUAACAGGAAAUCGCCUCGCACCAUCAUGCGUUCCAGUUCGUUACCGAGCAACACUUUGAAGGUCAACCAAGGAUGGAAAGCUCAGGUUUACACGAAUCUCCCGAUAGGAUGCCGCGUGCCGACAAAGCAGGAACCUUUGUCGGCCUUGAGGAGGAACGUGUGCAACGCGGCAGUGAAAAGCAACAAAGUGUUUGUCACCAACCAGACGACGGGCAAGUGUUCGGCAGCAGAAAUCGAACGCAAGAAGCAAGAAGCUUUGGCUCGAAGGCGGCAGAGGAUGGAGAAUACGCAGAAAUUGUAAAAA